CGUAAAACUGCUACAGUCUUAAGACUGUUAAAAUACGGUACGUUCACUCUCCUCGCGGUUUCGGUUUCUCGGACACUGCAAUGUGUAGUGUGCAUGACACAUUGCGUGAAAACUUACGAAGCAAAACAAUCAUAAAGUAACUCUGGGUGUAUAUUUUGAAGUUACAAAUAAAAUAAAAUAAAAUGUCGAAUCAAUUUCAAAAAGAUUUGAUUCAUCAAUAUAAAACUACAUGCAAUAAGCUGAAAAAGAUUCAGAGAGUGCUGUUCAAGCACUUUGCCCCCAAUGUAUCGGAAGUGGCAGAUGAGUUCGGUUCCUUGGCGACAAGCUUCAACAAUGCAUUCCAGCCGGAGUAUGCAGCCCUAUGUCACAUGGGCCAGGGAAAAUGCGAGAAGAUGAUAGGGAACGAUGCAGCCGAAGUGGACGCCCUCUUGAAAGCAGCUCGUGCCUUUCGCAGAGCGCAUAACCAGCAAACCAAGCUAAAGAUCGAAAAUCCUUCGUCGGAUCAUCUGGAGGGAGCAUUCCGAUGUUACACCCAAGCUUUGUCCCGGUUGCCAGAUGAUUCGGUGACAAAAGCCGCAAUCAUUCGGGAACUGAAGGAGAUCAACCCCAAUGUGGAGAUUACUAGCAAUUUCAGCUCGCCAAGCCAUCGCAUUUGGGAUCUGGAACAGUCGGCCGAGGAGAACAUCAAGUCACGAGACUAUGUGGCAGCGUUCGAAAAGCUGACCGAAAUUUACGACGAUGUUACGGAGAGGCGAUGUGAGGAUCUGUAUCUGCAGGUGAUGCAAAGGGUUGAAGUAUCUCGACUAUUGCUACUAUGCUUGCUUCAGCUUCCUCCAUCGGUCCGAUAUGACGGAAAAUUUAUCGAACGAUAUUCAUCCAUUGGAGAAAAUAAUCAAGCAAUCGUUAGUCCUCGAGGUAGUGAAAUAGUCUCGGAACAUUUAUUCUUCAUGCUACAAUCGUUGGUAGUUUCUUGCCAAGCUAAGGAUAUUGAUUCUCUAGUUGCUGUAAGAGAUGAGCUGAGCCAAUGUCACGAACUUACUGACUCUCAACAGACUUUACUGGAGGAGCUUGUCUCGAAAUAUUCCAAAUGAUAUUAAGUUUAAAUAUUUAAUGAUUAAAAGAUAAAUAUGAAUGUUUAGCUAACACUGUACAUAUACAGACUGUAAAGUGAGUCAUAUUGAAAUGUUAAUGUAAAUUAUAUGUAUUUAAUCAAAAUUUAAUAUUUAAUAAAAUGAAGUCUAGUUUAUACCCAUA